AUCAGUGUAGCCCCAGCAGUGCCAGCUGUCAGUGUCCAUCAAUGCCAGCUGUCAGUGCUCAUCAAUGCCACCUGCCAGUGCCCAUCAGUGCCACCUAUCAGUGCCAGUCAGUGCCACCUAUCAAUGCCGCCAAUCGGUGCCAGUCAGUGCCGCCUAUCAGUGCCAGUCAGUGCCACCUAUCAGUUUUCAUCAGUGCCACCUAUCAGUGCCCGUCAGUGCUGCCUAUCAGUGCCGCCUAACAGUGCCAGUCAGUGCCACCUAACAGUGCCAGUCAGUGCCGCCUAUCAGUGCCACCUAUCAGUG